AACUAUUUUUUUGCUUAAGAAAAGUGUCACACAUUAUCAGUAAAAUUAUCCUCCUACGAGGACACGGUCUGAGAUCGUUUUCAGAGGUGCGAGAAAACAAACAGAUAUGGUGCUAUUACGCUGCAGAUCGCAAUGUCCAUCGCAGGAGGUCAUGUCUGAACCUUUCAGAAGCAUUCAUUCGUUAUAUACUAGUUACUUACUAAGGCAACUCUUUUAGAUUUAGUUUGGUUCAGAAUAAGAAAUAAAAAAAAAACAACAACCUUUGAUAGUGUAUUAAGCAAGCUUGGCAGAGAGCUGUUUCUUGCAGUUCCACAGCAAACUCUUUUAAGGAUUCUUGGUUAGGACACAGAACCCCUCAAGGGUGUAAAAUUUCCAUUAGUGCUGUUUGCGUCUGGCAUGGAUUGGAAGCAGAUGCUCUUAAUGGAUCUUUGUAUUUCUUCUAACUUGCUGUGUCUGUCUGAGGAAAGCAAGCCAGAAUGACCUUGGCUUUAAGAAUAGGAACUGCAAGAGAUCUCAGACCCGGCCUUGAGCUACUGUAAAUACAAGGAUUAACAGGAAAAGGGUCAUCAGGUUUACCAUUUCCAUUCUGUUUUCGGAGUCAAAACCGCAGUUUGCUCGAAAAACAAGGAGCUAUUUUAUUGACAAAUGGAGACUAAGGUGCUCUUGCCAACAGUUGUCUUGUUUUAAUAAACACUGGAUAUUUCAGGAGCAUGAGCGAUGUCACUGACGGGAGUUUCCUUUGGCAUCGUGAGUGAUGGAAGUGUGUCAGAUGGCUAUAUGAACGAUAUUAGUCCGUGUGACUGCAGUGUUGAGUAGUGGAGCUUGUGGGGUGCAGUGGGGGCAAGCUGGUAGACAGGGUACCGUUAUCUUUAGCCACACUAACGUGCCCAAGCUGUGGUAGAGCCUCUCUAACUCGCAUUAGGACAAGACAAAGUUCUGCUUAUUGUUUGACAGAAAGCCGCAAUCAUUCCGUGCUGCAAGGGUGACCCCAAAAUGUCUUCCAACGGGGACCUACAAGACCUUGGGAGCUAUGACAGCUUUUGGGAGCCGGGGAACUACAAGAGGACGGUGAAGCGAAUUGACGACGGAAACAAACUCUGCAACGAGCUGAUCGGCUGCUUCCAGGAGCGUGCCAAAAUCGAGAAGGCCUAUUCCCAGCAGCUGAAUGACUGGGCAAAGAAGUGGAGGGGUGUUGUGGAGAAAGGUUCACAGUAUGGCACCAUGGAGAAGGCUUGGCAUGCGUUUAUGAAUGCAGCAGACAAGCUGAGUGAGAUCCACAUGGAGCUGAAGGAAAAGCUGGUUAUGGAAGACAGCGAGAAGAUCCGUGUUUGGCAAAAGGACGCCUACCACAAGCAGAUGAUUGGAGGAUUCAAGGAGACCAAGGAUGCCGACGAGGGAUUCCGAAAGGCCCAAAAACCCUGGGUCCGCAAACUUAAGGAAGUAGAAGCCUCUAAAAAGUGCUACCACCAGGCCCGUAAGGAGGAACGGACAGCAAUGACGCGUGAGACACAUGCCAAGGCUGAUCCCACCAAGUCCCCGGAGGAGGUGCGCAAGUUUACCGAUCGCGUGGAGAAAUGCACCCAGGAAGCAGAGAAGGUGAAAGAGCGCUAUGAGAAAGCUCUUGAUGAGCUGAACCGCUGUAACCCACGCUACAUGGAAGAUAUGGAGCAGAUGUUCGAGAUAACCCAAGAUGCUGAGAAGAAGCGGCUGUGCUUCUUUAAGGAGGUGAUGCUGGAUAUCCAUGAGCAUCUAGACCUUUCCAGCAGUGAAGCAUUUAAGUCCUUGUACCGAGACCUGGGCCAGACCAUUAAUGCAGCCAGUGACACAGAGGACCUGCGGUGGUGGAGGAAUACACAUGGACCUGGAAUGAGCAUGAACUGGCCCCAGUUUGAGGAAUGGACUCCAGAGUCCAAUCGCACCAUCAGCCGCAAAGAGAGGAGCAGCCGAAUUGAUGAUGUCACUUUGACCAACAUCGUAUCUGCUGCUGAUGAAGCACCUCAGACACCACAAGAUACCAUCCGAGCUGCCAAAGACUACUCAUCAGACUGGUCUGAUGAAGAGAGCCCUAAAAAGUAUAUAGCAGCGAACGGAGUUGAGCCUGAAGAGGAGGAGAAGGUAGCGGGUGUGCGCGUAAAAGCACUGUAUGAUUACACUGGCCAAGAAUCUGAUGAGCUGAGCUUUAAAGCAGACCAGAAGAUCAACAAUCAACAAUGUGCAGAUAACAUCUACUGUAUGUAAUUUUUGAUGGUUGAUCACGCUGCCUGAUGACAGACAUGUCGAACAGAGCUGGACGAAUCUGAGAAUGGGUGCUUUGUUGUGAUUCUAAAAGGAUAUUUCAUUCGGGUUUUCCUACGGCAAACGUCACGUCGAUCUCGGAAAGCGUCUGCGAUUGGAGAGAUUUCCAAGAUUGAUAAAAGAGGAAAUCCUAGUGUGUCCUUUUAUUGUCUCACCAUCGGCCAAUAUGUAAUCACACUUGCGCACAGCACUCUGUUUUUUGAAGCAUGGUUUGAUUUGAAACGUAUUGGUUUUCGGAAUGAAUUUGAAAACAAUAUGACUACCUAUGAAUGUAGCAUGUCUGAUUUCUCACCCUAGCUCAUACAGCUCUUGGUAUGUCUUGAGGCUUCAUAUGUAAUAUGUUAAAUGGUUUACAAAUUUGGACAUUUUAAGGCUGGUGUAAGUAAGAUGAUGAAUCAUCUUUAAGGCACACCGAUUCCUUUUUGAGAUUUCGAUUGUGUGUAAGCCUUUAGAGUGUGCUUAUGAUGCUCAAGAGAAAGGUCUCCUGUUAUAAAUUUCCAGAAAGUACUUGAAUGAUGCAUUUAAUAUUACAGAUCGCAGUGUUUUGUAGAUCAUCUCUCCUUCAACAGCACUGAGAGGAGACAACAGCAUACACUAUCAAUCUGGUGUAUAAUCUAUUCUUAUGGUUCAUCUUUUGCUUAUAUAAAAUACAGAUUUUUUUUGUGUUGGGUUUAUUCUUUCCAACCUACAACGAUAGGGAUUUUUAAAUCAUUUGAUUGGCUUAGAGCGUCGUUCAUAUUCUACAGAGGAUCGAGCGUAGUCAUGAUCCUUUUCAGCCACGUCACUGCGUCACGAUUCACAAUAUAAUUAGUCUCUGUUCUAAAGUUAUCACUGCCAUCUGCUGGUGACUUUUACAGACUUAUUUGAUUCCAGUAUGCAAAUGAUAAUUAGGUAGUGGUUUUAGUCUGAUAAACUUACAUGGGCAGUAUUAUGGGUUGUGAAUUCAAACCCACAUAGUUCCAAAGAGCCAUUUUUAGGCUCUAAACUCUCAAAUGCUCAACUACAUGUAAGGAUUGUAGUCUGUGCUUGGGCUAAUUGUGUUCUGUAUAUCAGGGAUUCACAAAAACAGGUUUGUAAACAUACUGGUGUUUACAGCACACUACUACAGCUAUUUGUUUGUAUGAAGCUAUCAUUUAACUGAACUCAGAGGGUUUUCUUUCCCAAAAUAUAUACCCCAAUGACCCUAGCACAAUUAAACCAAAUUAAGAAUGUAUAAGCACAUUAAACACAUCCAAGACAGUUCCGAUAUUUCUCAAAAUAACUUUUGUCCCAUGUGCUUCCUGCCUGAUCAUCUGCUCCCAUCUGCAUGAGAUGAGAGUAAAACUACCUACAUCUGCAACCUUUUCACGGGGUCUCGGUUUGAGAUUCUGGUAGUCCAGGUGAACCUCUAUUUCACAAAUCCAGUCUUGGGGAUCCAAUGACCUUCCAUUCUGAGGCUCUCUGAGCAUAGAUAUGGCUUGUGGGAUCCCCUGUAAUACUUCUGGUAGUGGAAAAAAAUGGAUUGCGUACCCUGGUGUCUCUGUGAACUUUCCUCUUCGUGUGUUACCCCUCCAGAUGAUUCACUGCGGCAAUAAAGAGGUGGUCAAAGGGUAUUUGGUGUAGACUAAACUUUGCUUAAAGUUCAGUGACUUUAGUUUUUCAAACAUAAAUUACUGCUGCUUCUACAGAAGAAUUUGUUGUCAUGGCCAGUCAUAUUAUUUAGCAGGAGGCAGCUCAUCGGACCAGACACUAGCUACAGUACUUCUCUGGAGACGUUCGCUCAGAAAGAGGAGAGGUUUUCAUAACCCUUUCUAGAUUGGUUGUAACCUUGACAUUAAAUUGAAAACAUAUGUGUCAUUUGUAAAGAGUCUGUAGCAGGAUGAAAACCUGCACACACACAAUGGCCCUUUACAGAUAAGACUGCAGACUCUUGCAUACUGUAAUGCGACACGCCAGUACAAACAAAACAAGCACUUUAAAUGGUCUUAUCUAUAGCCAUAAACCAAAUCACUAAUAGUUAAGUAAUAAAAGGUAACUGUUGUCACCAUUCAUUUAUGACUCUAGUCGUUUCAAUGUUAAAACUAA